CCGCGGCUGCGUGGCCGCCUGGUGGGACAUGGUGGAGCGGAACCUACGAUCUUUUCCACACUCCUGUUCAACGCUUGGAAGAAAAAUUGCUGCUCUGUAUGACAGCUUUACUAGUAAACCAUUAAAAGAACACAUUUUCCCUCCUCUGAUAGACAUGCUAAUUUAUUUUAAUGUUUUCAAAGCCCCAUUUCUUGUGGAUUUAAAGAAACCGGAGUCUAAGAUUCCUCACACUGUGAACUUCUACCUCAGAGCUGAACCUGGGGUGAUUCUGGGAAUCUGGCACACAGUCCCCAGCUGCCGGGGGGAAGACGCCAAGGGGAAGGGCCGUUGCUGGUUUGAAGUGGCCCUUCGAGAUGGGAACCCGAUUGUUGUUUAUCUUCACGGCAGUGCAGAACACAGGGCAGCUUCUCACAGACUUGAGCUGAUGAAGGUCCUGAGUGAUGGUGGCUUUCAUGUCUUGUCUGUUGACUACAGAGGAUUUGGGGACUCUACAGGUAAGCCCACAGAGGAGGGACUCACUGUGGAUGCUGUUUGUGUCUAUGAGUGGACCAAGGCGAGAAGUGGCACCACUCCCGUGUGUCUCUGGGGUCAUUCUCUGGGUACAGGAGUUGCAACAAAUGCUGCAAGAGUAUUAGAGGAGAGAGGAUGCCCAGUUGAUGCUAUUGUCUUGGAAGCUCCAUUUACCAACAUGUGGGUUGCAAGUAUCAAUUAUCCCUUGUUAAAGAUUUUUCGGAAAGUUCCAGGGUUUUUACAUGCACUUAUGGAUGCUCUGAGAAAAGACAAAAUAGUCUUCCCUAGUGAUGAAAAUGUUAAAUUCCUGUCUUCUCCCCUUCUCAUCUUACAUGGUGAGGAUGAUACGACAGUGCCUCUGGAGUGUGGAAAAAAGCUCUAUGAAAUUGCUCACAGUGCAUACAGGAACAAAGAGAGGGUCAAGAUGGUUAUCUUUCCUCCUGGCUUCCAACACAACCUCCUUUGUAAAAACCCCACACUAUUAAUAACCGUGAGAGAUUUCCUGAGCAAGCAGUGGGCAUGAGGUCUGAGAGCAGUGGAAAUCUUCAAUGAAGACUUGGUCCAGGCACCACCUGUGAUGUGCGGUAUUAAUGUAAAACUGUACUGGGCUGGCUGAAUGACCUGAAGAUGUUGACAUUUUUACGAGUCACUUGCCAUUCUAAGAAGUGAAAGCAUGAAUGUCAGGGCAGUAUGGAAUGCCCCUAGUUAGAUAAUCACAGUUGACUUUAUGAAACAUGCUGAGAUCUCACUAUGGAGAAUCAGAAUUUGGCAAGACUUGAAUCCCAUCUAAAAAUGUAUGGUUAUCAAAACAUACCAGGGAUAUCAGUGAAUAAGCGGGCGGCUAUAGUCUGAAUGUCUGAUUCCAUCCUCCACAUUCAUAUUUUGAAACCUAAUCAUCAGUAUGCUGGUAUUAGGAGGUAGGCUGAGCUAUGAUGGAUGGGAUUAGCGCCCUUAUAAAAUAGGCCCAAAGGGGCUCUUCACCCCUUCCACCAUUUGAGAACACAGUGAGAAGGUGCCAUCUAAGAACCAGAACGUGGCCUUUACCAGGCACUGAAUCUGCCAGUGGCUUGCUCUUGGACUUCCCAGAACUAUAAGAAAUAAAUUUAUGUUGUUUAUAAGCU